AAGUUUUAGACACACAAUCAAUAAACUACUUUUCAGCUAUUACUUAUUUCUCAAGCAACCUUGCUAAGUGCAUACGAACUCUAUCUUCUGAAGUGAUCAUCUCCUAGAUCUUUGUUUAUCUGGUCUUCGAAUCUAUGGUAGGAUUUUUAGUUUGAGAUCUAUCUAUCCAGAUUUUCUUUCUCAGAUUUGGUUAGGUUUAAAAAGAUGAUUAAGAAUUUUACUGCCGAGGAGAAGGAGGAAAAAGAGAAGUUGAAUAAACAACAAGUUGAGUCUUGGAGGAUGAUGAAAAAGGUCAACAUGGCGAGGCCUGAGUUUGCGACAUCUAGAACGGUGGUGUUGUGGGACAUGGACGACUGUCCGCUCCCCAAUGGUUAUGAACCAUGUCGGCUAGGUCCGAGAAUAGACACUGAGUUGAAGAGUGUAGGCUACAAUGGUGAGCUCAUCAUCAUUGCCGUUGGCAACCUGGAGGGGAUCCCUUAUGACUUCCUGAAAGCGCUCUCUUCCGGUGGAGACGUUAUUAAACAUUCUUCUUUUGGUAUUUUUGAUGAAGUGGUUAGCUUUUUUCUUUCGCCUGGUAGUCAACCUCCCAUCUCAAUAAUGCUCAUAUCCACCAUUGUCUCACUACGGGAAUCAGUAACUCGCAAUAUUUACAUGAGGGAUAUCAGUGGAUACAAUCUUCUUCUGGCAUAUCCACCAAAUAGUGAACCUGAAGACCCACACCCUUCAUCUCUAGUCUUCGUUGGUGGAGAGUGGCUCUGGGGUAGGGAUAGCUUACUGAAAGAUUCAGGGUCGGAGACAAGAAGACUGGACACUGGCUGCGAACAAUUUUCUUGCAAAUCAUGCAGGCAGUUUUUCCCCAGCUUUGAAGAUUUCAAGGUGCACCUUGAGACCAACGAGCACACAAAUCGUGUUAGAUUGGGUGCUAGUAUGAGGGGGUUGAAGUAUGUUUUGGCUGCAAAAAAUUUUGAGGCUAGGAAGCAAUCUAAGAAUUAUCUUAAAUUAGUGGAUGGGCAAAAAUUGACGUUUCAACGUCUUCACGAAUUUUUAACUUUCGAUGGAAAGAAGAAGGCAAGCAAUUUGGAGUUUCAAAAAGAAGAAGCUCAGUCUUCCCUUGCAAAGAAGAAUCCUACUGCCAAGGAGAAGGAGGCAAAAAAUUUUGGUGGUUGAACAACAAGUUGAGAGUCUCCGAGGCCUACUUCCAUGGCCAAGAAGCAAUCAAAGGCAAAAAAAUUGAAGAUUUGCUGGGAGUACGUACUUUGCAAAGGUUCUCUUAUUUAGUGUUUAUUUUCAAGUCGUGUUUUUAAUUUUAAGUUUAACCAAAAUAAUAAAUGAAAAUC